AUGGUGUACCAUGGUCAGGGCCAAAAAGUGCAGAAGGUGAUGGUGUACCCCAUCAACCUCAUCUUCAGAUACUUGCAAAAUAUAUCCCAGAUUCAGGUGUGGCUCUAUGAGCAAGUGAAUACGUUGAUAGAGGAUUGUACCAUUGGUUUUGAUGAGUGUAUGAACCUAAUAUCAGGUGACGCAGAGGAGACUCAUUCUAAAACAAAGUCAAGCAAACAACUGGGUUGGAUAGUGCUAAAAGGAGAUAAUAUUACUCUGCUACAAAGUGUCUCCAACUGGAAAUGA